UUUAAUUUUCCCCUUUCCAUUUCCCUCCCUUUUCCCUCUUUCCUUUUUCUUUUAAUUUUUUUUUUAAAUUUUGAAACAACAAAUCUGUGAACUCCCUGGAAAAAUUCCCCGGAGCGGCGGAAAGACAAUUGGCGGAGGGGAAGCGAGAACGAGAACGACCCAGCGCGCCCUGUACCUCUGGUCUAAUGGACAGCGGGUCCAUUAUCACCCAGGUUAGCAAGGAAGAGGUGAAUACUCCUCUGCAGGAGAAAGGUGCUCAAAACCAAUCACCUUCCAAGAAGCCCAGGAACCGCAGCAUCUUCCAGUCCCUCUUUUGCUGCCUUUGCCAUGACAACUCAGAGCCUAUCCCUGUCAACAACAAUGCCCCACUACUGGUGGAAGAAAAUGGCUCGGUGACCAAGGCGACUGUCAGGUACCUGCUACCAGAAAUCAAGCCACAAGAUGCCAGCAAAAUUUGUGUGGUCAUCGAUUUGGAUGAGACGUUGGUGCACAGCUCCUUCAAGCCAGUGAACAAUGCAGAUUUCAUCAUCCCAGUGGAGAUUGAUGGAGUGAUGCACCAGGUGUAUGUCCUGAAGCGACCCCAUGUGGAUGAGUUUCUGCGGCGGAUGGGUGAGCUCUUUGAGUGUGUGCUCUUCACUGCUAGUCUGGCAAAGUAUGCAGAUCCUGUGGCUGACCUGCUGGAUAAAUGGGGAGCUUUCCGAGCCCGCCUCUUCCGUGAGUCUUGUGUCUUCCACCGUGGGAACUACGUCAAGGACCUCAGCCGCCUAGGCCGUGACCUGACACGGAUCAUCAUAGUAGACAAUUCACCCGCUUCUUACGUCUUCCAUCCAGAUAAUGCUGUGCCUGUGGCUUCGUGGUUUGACAACAUGGCCGACACGGAGCUUCUUGAUCUCUUGCCGUUCUUUGAGAGACUCAGCAAAGUGGACAACGUGUAUACAGUGCUAAAGCAGCACCGGACUAGCAGCUAGUGACUGCAGGGGGGCUUUGGGCAGGGGGAAAGAGGGGUGUAAGCCCAUCUCCGCUGUUUCUUUCUGUCGAGCAGGGUGGCCUGCUCUCCCAAACUUAGCCCCUGGCAGCCUCACCAACCAGUGCAGUGCACAGGAAACCCUGAAGGGGGCAGCAGAGAGCAGUUGUUUCCAUGGGGCAUCAGAACAGAGGCCAGUGUCUGAGCGUAACCUUGAACCCCUGGGAGAAAAUCUCCUAGAUGCUGUAUUUUAAUGGUUUGCCCCCUUCCUAUUGUAUUAUGGGAUGUGGAGACCAGAAUUUAACCUCCCCUCCUUUUUCUGCCUAUCAAAUGGGACCAAAACAAUGGUCCUUUCCCUUCCAACCAGAACCUUGCCCGUUUCCAUACCAACCGGUUGGGGGUGCUACACAAGGACCAGACACAGGUACCUACUGCAUCUCAGCAUCACUCCGUUCUCCCCCUGCUCCUUGUAGAUGUUGUCCUAGAUUUCUGGGAACAAGUGGCAUAGGUACCUCCGCUUUGUUUUUGGCAUUGGUCACUGACUGACUGGAAAUGUUAUCUAAGGGAGGUUGGAGGAGGAGCCUGAGAGAACAGGAUAAACUUUUUUUGGACGACAGAGGACUGAAAAGAGAGGGAGGAAGAAGAAGACAGAAGUUGUAGAGGGAAUUGGCUGCCUCUGUAAAGGAGACGAUGCUUCUGCUUCCCAAAAAAACCUCAGCUGAUGGGUUGUAGUCUGAGGUUGGAGGGCUGUAUCUUCAUAAAAGGGACAGCUUACUUGCAGGCAGCCGCUGUAGAUAAGUUAUCUCUCUUGGGAUAGAUACAUGUUUAUUGUUCCUUCUUGAAAUAUUCCAUUUUGUAGAGGAAAUUUCCACAACAAUUUCCAGCUUGGAGAAGCAGACAGGGGAAUAAGACAGUCUUUUUCUAUCUGUAAGAGGUGGUGGAAUGGAGGAGCGGCAUUUUCUUCUGAGAAGUAAGAGAAAAUUAGGUCUCCCAGUUUAGGCCCUGAUAUGGCCUUCAGAGGUUGCAGGAGUGACUAAUCCAGUGGUUGGAGGACCCGCAGAUCCCAAGCACAACUCAUUCUUGGCUCUUCUGCUGAUGGAAGGCAGAGCCCCAACCUGGAUCAGUGGUUGAUUACAGCAGAGAAGACAAAGACAGCUUUUGUUACCAUAUGCUUGUUUAGUGGAGAGACUGAGAUGAAAUGGAGUUAGGGGUUGUUCUUGAGGUGGUGUGCUGCAGGCUUGAAGAUGGCUUGAGAAGAAAGUUGGUUGACCUGUCCUAAAGAGGACUGCUAGCAUCUAGAACAGGGAUGAGCAACUGUGACCUUCGAGAGUUUUUAUUAUUAUUAUUAUUUUAUUUUAUUUUUAUUUUUUUGCCUACAAUUCUCAUGAGCACUAGCCAGCAAUACCAUGGUGCGAGAUCAUGGGAGAUGUAGUCCAAAAAACAUACGGUCAUAGUAGCUCAAACAACCAGGUGUGGGCAAAGACUGAGUUCAUAAGCAUGGGGUUGCCUUACAAGACUCACAUAGGGCAUACUUUAAUUGUUGUACUUGUAGCUUCUUCCUAUUUUGUACAAAUCCUGACCUCCUCCUUCAGCCUCUGUCUUCUACAAGGUUCAUGGUUUAGCUCCCUUAACUCUGUCCUUUCAGGGACUAUGAGAAUAAAUCAUGUGUACAUAGGCUGGACUAUGGGCAGGGGUAAAAUCUGUAUGUCUCUGCAUUGGAGGAAAGAGGGUUUUUUCCUCUGGCACUGUGUGCUUCUAUAUUAUGCUGUAGUGCCUUCAGGCUUCGCAGCCUACAUGCCUGGCUUCGGUAGGGGGGGCCUGAGAUGCAACAAUUGCCGAUGGGCUAUAGUUGGAAACCCAUAAUCUUCCUGGACUGAAAGAGUACAUGGGUAAAUUGUGCCUUUUUAGAAGUGAUGGACAUGCCAGUAUCUUUUGAGAGAGAAUGGACAUAGUGCAGGGUGAUGUUGGUGGAAGGGCUUGCUCUUUCCAUUGAUUUAACAAUAGUUCAAGCCACUUCCAUUUCCCAGAGAUGUUUUUAGCCAAAAUCAAGAUCCUUCCCAUAGAGGAAUCUACUUUCUUCCCAUCUGUCUCUUAAGAGCUUUGAAAGCCCAUGUAACAGGAAGGAAUCUUGACUCAGAAUGGAACUUUUUCGGUCCUCCUCUGUCCAGACACUUCUGCCAGAUACUUAUUUGCCUUGGAUUUUUCUCCAGUGCCAUCUUGACAUUUGCCUUAAAAUAUGUCUCUCUUUUUUGAAUACAUGAAAUCCUUGUGCCUUUUAGUCCUGUUCUUGCCUGCUUGUUUAAAAAAAAAUUGUGAUGUCACACAUCUUUGGAGCCUUAGCCCAUGCCAGGUUGAACGGUGUAAGGGUGGCACCAUUGUGACUUGGGGAACAGGAUUGGGGAGGAGUGCCUGAUCCUGUAAUUUUGGGAAAAGGCUGGUCAGGCGUUGGUUGUCAACUGUGGCUCAUUGGUCGACCUGCUGUUAAGAGAGCACACAGCACAUCAAAACUUGCUGCUAAGGAGCAACUGAUUUGUUCUUCAUAACACAGUAUGAUGUCACAGUUCAAUCUUGCUAAACCCCUAUUGUAAUGGAUUUGGAAUAGAGGAAGUAACUCACUGCUGCCUGACCAGGCAGCUCCAUCAGACUAGGAUUCUGUCUCUUACUGUGUAUAAAGGUUGCUUAGAAAGCUCUUGAACGUGGGGUUGCCUUUUCCAACAGCGAUGGCUAAAUUUAGCCCUCAGGCCAGUUCAAUCAUGAGAACUGUGGAUCAUUUAUGCAGUGGAGGAAAAAAGUCAUUUUUUUUAAAAAAAUGAAAUGUUAAUUGUGAUUUUAUCCCCCCCCCAGAAGAACAAUAAAAUAAUGAUACCCCAGUCACUACUUCCUGAAUCCCUCCCAGUCUCACAUCAAAAGCAUCCCCAUGUUAACCACAAAAGAAAGGCUUUUAAAAAGCAUCUCCUCUGAUUUUUGUUUCACUCUGGUGCUUGCACAUAUAAAUGGCUUUAAUUGCUUAAACUAUAAGAAAAAAAUCCAUACACACUCCUAGAAAUGCAUGUGGAACCCAGUCCUUGUAAAUGCCCACGUGACACGAGCUAAUCUGUGUGUCUCAGAAUAAUGUGUGGAUUAAAAUUUAGCCCUAUACUGAAUUUUGCUUUUCCAUGAAAGUUGUGCCAGGAUUCUCAGGAGUUCAAACAUAUCAAAAAUGUGUUGAGAAUACAUAUUUUCAAGUGUUUUUUUUUUAAAGUUCACAUAUGAAUGUGACAAUAAGGGCCCAGGAUUCUAUUGGUGUUCUUGUAAGCUUUCUGUAACUUGGCACAGCUGACUGCAGCUAAGUCACACGCUUAGUCACGUGCCUGACUAUACAACUCUGAUGCUCCUGGGCAUCUCCUCAUUAGCUACAGCAAGUUCCACACACCUUCCACAAACACCAAUAGGCUUCUGGCCAAUAAUGUAGAAGUAAGGAGGAAAGCACGCAGAAAACAACGUAAACUGGAAACAAGUCGUUGGUCGCUCCACCAUGUCUUUCAAUCCCACCUGUACUGAUGUCAAGUUAAAAUGAAUUGGCAGCAAAGGAUCUUGUGACACACAAAAAAUUACGUUUUGCAGGAACAUGCUAAUACCCCAAAAUUUUUAAAGAAAAUUAAAGCUGCUGUCCAAUGUACCUUUAUUUAGGUGGCACUACGUUCAUCAGCGUAAACAUGUGCUGGAUUGCUUGCUAUGCCUCUCUGUCUGCCUUGUCCAACCGUCUAGCUUUCAGAGGCACAAAUACUAGUUGGCUUCCAUCCAGCGUUCUCCUCUAGAGCGUAAGUGAGUUUGACCAAGUUCCUACCAGCAGAAAUACAGUACAUCGAAUUCUACCAUGUUCCAACCUUCUUAUUUCUUGCACUGUAGUUUAAGGAAAAACACACACCCUUAUUCCUCUGUUCAGCAUAUUCAUUUGUUGCUCCAUUCCAGCAGCCCUAAGAAGCCCAUUUCUUAGCAGCCAUGAGACACUCUUGACCCAACAGCCCCCAAAUUGAUGAAAUGCUUGUUUUUUAAAGUGGUGCCAGACAGACCUUUUGUGUGGUUGAGCUGGCCUGUGCCUCCUCCCCCCCACCUCUUUUUGGACAGUUGUUUUUUAUUUUAUUUUUUUACAGGUCGGAGAAAGAAGAAUUUUAACUGGGCACAUUUCAGAUUAUAUAAAUAUGUAUAAUGUGUAUAUAUCUGGGGGUGGGGACGGGGGGUGGGGGAAAACAGUGGAAGGGGAAAACAUCAGGAUUUUUAUAGCUGUGUUUUUAACAUGUUUCUGGGAGAUGGUGAUUAUUUUUGUGUGGUUGGUUGUCAUUAUUCCUCGUGUAAAAGGAAAUGUGGUGGGAGUGGUUUUGCUUUUAUGAGGUGAUACCUCUUUGGGGGAGGGCCUACUUCCCUUCUCCAAAUGCCUGCUGCUUCCCCUGACCUUAUCCCUAAGACAUGCCCUGGAGCAAGGGAGUGAAGUAUCCAUGGUUGCCUUUGACAGCCCUGGUGUUACCAGCUUUUAGCAGGGAGUCAAAGGGGAGUUACCAGGGAGACUUCGAAGCCCUCGUUCCUAUUUUAAUUUCUUUUCUAGCUGUGUCAGGCAUGGAAUGCCCAAAGCUGCCCCUCAAGAAGGAAGAGGCUUCCACCUCUUCUUCUCUUUCCCUCGCUGCACACAUUGUCUUGAUUCUAUCCACACCUCUUUUCUCUGCUUUUUU